CUGGGGAAUGGGCCCCUAGAGGAGCCCAGAAACCUCAGAUUGGGCCCGAGAUUCUUCUCAGACCAGCGGCGGCCCCCUCCCCCCAGACGCCAACUGCCCUGCUGCUCCCGGCCCCGAACCUCUGUCGGUCCCCGGCCUUCCAGCCAGGGCUGCGGCCCUCUCCUCUCCCUUCAGCGGGUCAGCUUCCCUGGUUUCCCUUAGCGGCACCUGUCCUCAACUAUCUUUCCCAGUCCGGCUACCCGUCGGACCUUCUCCGCCCAUCGACUCUAGACCUACCGAGAUGCUUAAUCCCCACCAAGGAGUUGGCCUCGUUUCGGGUCUCUGGAAAACCUACCAGCAUCCCAUGCUAUUUCUGCAAAUAUUUAUUGAUGGCCUCUUGGGUGCCUGGUCCUGUACUGGGCGCUCUGGUGGGGGAGGGGGCAGACCUGGCCCCCGUGCCCUAAAGGUGUGGGAGGACACCACGUAAGGAAACAAUGCAACAUUGAUCUGACUGGCAUAGAAUCUAUGGAUCAAUGUCGCCAUACCUUGGAACAGCAUAACUGGAACAUAGAGGCUGCUGUACAGGACCGAUUGAAUGAACAAGAGGGUGUACCAAGUGUUUUCAACCCACCUCCAUCCCGACCCUUGCAAGUUAAUACAGCUGACCACAGGAUCUACAGCUAUGUUGUCUCAAGACCACAACCAAGGGGGCUGCUUGGAUGGGGUUAUUACUUGAUAAUGCUUCCAUUCCGGUUUACCUAUUACACAAUACUUGAUAUAUUUAGGUUUGCUCUUCGUUUUAUACGGCCUGACCCUCGCAGCCGGGUCACUGACCCCGUUGGGGACAUUGUUUCAUUUAUGCACUCUUUUGAAGAGAAAUAUGGGAGGGCACACCCUGUCUUCUACCAGGGAACGUACAGCCAGGCACUUAAUGAUGCCAAGCGAGAACUUCGCUUCCUUUUGGUUUAUCUUCAUGGAGAUGAUCACCAGGACUCUGAUGAGUUCUGUCGCAACACACUCUGUGCACCUGAAGUUAUUUCCCUAAUAAACACUAGGAUGCUCUUCUGGGCAUGCUCCACAAAUAAACCUGAGGGAUACAGGGUGUCACAGGCUUUACGAGAGAACACCUAUCCAUUCCUGGCCAUGAUUAUGCUGAAGGAUCGGAGGAUGACUGUGGUGGGACGGCUAGAAGGCCUCAUUCAGCCCGAUGACCUUAUUAACCAGUUAACGUUUAUCAUGGAUGCAAACCAGACUUACCUGGUGUCAGAACGCCUUGAAAGGGAAGAACGAAACCAGACCCAGGUGCUGAGACAACAGCAGGAUGAGGCCUACCUGGCCUCUCUCAGGGCUGACCAGGAGAAAGAAAGAAAGAAACGGGAGGAGCGGGAACGGAAACGGAGGAAGGAAGAGGAAGUACAACAACAAAAGUUGGCAGAGGAGAGACGUCGGCGGAAUUUACAAGAGGAAAAGGAAAGGAAGUUGGAGUGCCUGCCCCCGGAGCCUUCCCCUGAUGACCCUGAGAGUGUCAAGAUCAUUUUCAAAUUACCCAAUGAUUCUCGAGUAGAGAGACGAUUCCACUUCUCACAGUCUCUAACAGUAAUCCACGACUUCUUAUUCUCCUUGAAAGAAAGCCCAGAAAAGUUUCAGAUUGAAGCCAACUUUCCCCGGCGGGUGCUGCCCUGCAUCCCUUCAGAGGAGUGGCCCAACCCCCCCACGCUGCAGGAGGCCGGACUCAGCCACACAGAGGUUCUCUUUGUUCAGGACCUUACAGAUGAAUGACAUUUUUUUCCCUCUCCCCUCCUACCCUAAUCCCUAAAAGAAAUGGAAAAACAAAAACAAAAAAACAAGAGAGAGAAAUUCAUAUUAUUAUUAUUAUAAUACGAUAUUUUUUUUAAAAGACUGCUGCAUCCUAAGGAAGGAUCAGAAACCAUGCUGCCUAAAAGAGUCACCACCUGUGUGUGCGCGCGAGGUCAGCAAUGAAUGUUCCCGCCGGCAAGCCCACCCUUCCCUACUGCCUCUGCACCACGCACCUUCCAACAGAAGGAGACUCUUCACCUCCAACCCAGUCAUUGUCCCAGCUGGGGAAGGGGACAUUCUCACUAGUUCUCAUUCAUUCUUGCUUUUAUGGAAAAUAAAAGUGAAAAAACCUCCCCAUCAACCAGCUACUGCAGCAUCUCUUGAGGACUUGCUUCUCCCACCACCAGAGAAGAGAGGGAAGAGAAGGCACAGAACAGAGAUGUUCCUUGAACUUCCCACCAUUUAUGAAUAACUUUUAAAUGUUUUCUGUUGCUUUGUAAUGACCAAAGGAAUGAGGCUGACGUAGGUGUUUGUUGGUUUUUUGUUUUUUUUUUUUUCCUUAACUUUAUUUGAUAAAGAGCCAAUUCUUAAACCUAUGAGUUCAUGCCCUGGGCUCCUUAGCCCACAAGAGUAUAAUAAAGGUGCCCUGGGCUGGUUUGUGCUUAUUUCUGCCAUUGUCCCUCUCACAUUCCCAGAGAGGUUGUUCUUUUUGGUCCAACUCUUGCUGUCCUUUCUUGCCACCUGUGCGCCCCACUUGGAGUAUUGGGGAGGAAAUCUGGAUUCAUUGCCCUGCAAAGGCUAUGUAUAGACAGAUAUACCCAUACGUGUGGUGUGAACUUCCGUGUAUACUCACCUAUACACAUGACUGCAGCUUUCCCUUGGAAUCUGUACCAGGUGGUUAUUAUGGGAUCUGAACCAAAGGAUAGCAGCUCUUCAUUCCUCUUCUGACACAUGCAUGCUCUUCGUGCCCAUCCCUGAGCUUUCCUGAAUUGCCAAGCUUGGUGCCUUCCCAAAGGACUAGCAGGGCCUAUGGUAGAACCAGCAGAACCCCAUGAGAGUGCCCUGCCUGUCUCAGUGGGAGUGUGGUGGUCGUGGUGGUGGUGGUGGUGGUCGUGGUGGUGGUGGUGGUGAUGAUGAUGAUGGUGGUUUAAGGUUAGAACUAGAGACUUUGAGGGGAGCCAAGACCAAACUCCUGAACUUCCAAGUUGUUGGAAGGCACAUUUUAGUUUCUAAUGUAGCCACUUGCUGGAGGCAGUUUUUAAUCCUCUCCCUCUAUUGCUCUGUUUAAGUAAUAGGGUUUUUUAACCUCUGGAUGUCUCUUCUGUGGUUGAGUUUCUAGUAAUGGGUACAUGGGUUAGGCCAUGUAUUAAUAGAUGCCAGCAUGAGCUGGCAAAUAUUCCAAAGUGUUCUACAGCUAGACUGGUGCAGACUUGUAACACAGCAAGCUACCAAAGUAACUGUAGUUCCUAGCAUGCUGGGAGGCUGGGGGUUCAUAUCAAAAUAAAGCAUAACUUGGUAGAUUUGCAGUCUCCAAAGGCUUUCUCUCUUGCUUACCUAAAAUCUAAGGGCCACUCUUAUAGGUAGCAGUGAUGUGGCUUCUAUUUUCUGCAACCCUCAGUGGUUGGGAUAAACACCAUGGGACAGGGUGGGGAGCCUGGGAAUUUCCCAGUGGCCUUGGCACAGGUGUCUAGAACACCAUCUAUAGGAAAACUUAAUUCUGCUCCUAGCUGCCUCAGGGCCAGAUGAGUAGAAGAUCACUGUCUGUUGGUAUAAAAUGUAUCUGGAGUGAAUACCAGGAUAAACCAUAUUCUCCACUUAGCUUUAUGUGACGUCUGCUUCCUGCUGACAACCAUGCAAAGAGGAAUUUUUCCACUUAACUCAGAGCCUCACUCCCUGUCAAAUUCAUAGCUGUUUCCCUAGCCUUACACCCUUACAUGGGCCUUCUCUAGGUUGGGUGUACUGUCUUGCUUAUGCUUCCUUGGAAAGUUGUAAAUCUUUUUCCUUAAUUCAGUCUGCAUCUUAUUCUACAGUGUGCACUUUAUGCCUCUUGCCCUUUCAAAACUUGUUCAGUGAAGGAGGUCAGAUGCCAGAAUAUUAAGAAAAAGUCUAUGUCGGUACAGCUCUUGGGAUUGCCUACUCAUUUACUUUAGGUUUCAAGAAGUUUUAUCUGAAGCACAUGUUCCUUCCUAGUCCAUGUUGAAACAGGCCUGCUUUGCUCAGACCCCAUUCCUGUCUCCUUGCUGACCCUAGGGCUGCUGCCUGGUGCCAUCUCCCUUCCUCCCCCAUGAAGGAUGCACAUUUUAUCACUUCAAGUCAGUACAAUCUGUAUGUUACUCCCAAGGACCUCGGAGAACUCAAUGGGACCUGCAAGGGAGAAAAUACUGAGAAGCUGAUGAUCUGCAAGCAGUUGCUCAUUUCCAAAUCACCUUUGGUUAUUUCAGCUGUUCAGACAGCAAGUCGUCAACCUAACGAAGACACCUGUUUCAAGUUUUGUUCUGCACGCCCCAAACUGAAGUAGAUUCAGCUGAAUAACCAUGGGAAAUCACCAAGCAAAGACCUCCAAUUGGAGUCGGUUGAAUUUUUGCAGCCUCAGUGGGGCCUCUCUGGUCUUUUCUUCCACUUCUACAGAAUUUCCUGCGGCAAAUACUUUGUCCUUGCUUGCUUCCACUAUGAUGGUUGGAUAAAAAAUGGCCAGAGGAGAAUAUUUAUCUCUUAAAAAAAAAAAAAGAACCUAUAAUCUUCAACUGAGCAGUCUUUAUGAAAAUUGCUAAUGGUGCCAAGGCCAAGGAAAAAGUUGCAGAAAAUGACUGUGGGAAGGAGUGAUAACCCCAGAAUGCAAAAUCAGGGGAGUAUUAUCUGGUGCUUGAACAAGGAGCUCCACUUUACAACUGGCUUUUUUAGGACUUGUGAGGAACGCAGCAACAGGAAAUCCAUCCAUAAAGGAUGCAGUGCCCCAACUUGUACUGCGCCUGAAUAGUUACGUGAUAAUUUACUGAAGAAAUCUAGUGUACUUUAAAUUUUUUUCAUAAAAGUUUACAUUGUAUUGUAGGUUAACAUUAAAUGUUUUAUAACAAAAUCUCA